CCGCUGCGGCCAUUGUCCGGCCCCAGUGCGGCUAAGGCCGCUUUGGGCCGUCCCUCCGCACUUCAGCAUUGGAGAGGACUGGCCCUGCAGCAGGUGCAGGAGGAGCUGGCCCGAGUCCUGGGUGGGCCCGAGGUCGAGAAACCCGGAGUCUCAGGAGGCGCCCCAGUGUGGGAGUCGACCCCGGGGAGACAGGAAUGGCCCCGAGGCCUCCGACGGCCGUGCCCCAGGAAUCUGUGACAUUCAAAGAUGUGGCUGUGGACUUCACCCAGGAAGAAUGGCACCACGUGGACCCUGCUCAGAGGCGCUUGUACAGGGAUGUGAUGCUGGAGAACUAUAGCCACCUGGUUUCUCUUGGAUACCAAGUUUCCAAGCCAGAGGUGAUCUUCAAAUUGGAACAAGGAGAAGAGCCAUGGAUAUCAGAGGGAGAAAUCCAAAGACCUUUCUGUCCAGACUGGAAGACCAGGCCUGAAGCCAAAUCUUCACAUCUGCAGCAGAGCAUAUCCGAAGGAUCCCGUAGUGCAGAUGGCCUUUCACGCGCCACAUUUGAAAACGCUUGGGAUGUUAGUAGCCAGUUAGAGAGGCACCAGGAAAACUGGAAAAGGUAUCUGGGGCCAGAUGCAUCCACCCAGAAGAAAGUAAUCACACCAGAGGAAACUUUUCAGCAAAAUAAGUUUGGUGAAAACCCCAGAUUGAACACAGUUCUGGUUACACAGCUGAAUGUUCCUUCAAGGCCUAGUGAAUGUGAUACACUUGGAAGCAAUUUGGGACAGAAUUCAGAUAUAAUUAAUCAGAGUAAUAUCCUUGCAAAAAAGAAACCUUACAAAUGUGAUAAAUGUAGAAAAGCCUUUAUUCAUAGAUCAUCACUUACUAAACACGAGAAAACUCAUAAAGCAGAGGGAGCUUGCCCCAGUGGUACAGAUCAGGGGAUUUAUCCUGGAAAGAAACACCACGAAUGUACUGACUGUGGGAAAACCUUCCUCUGGAAGACACAACUUACUGAGCAUCAAAGAAUUCACACUGGGGAGAAGCCCUUCGAAUGUAAUGUGUGCGGGAAGGCCUUCAGGCAUAGCUCAUCCCUUGGCCAGCAUGAGAAUGCUCACACGGGAGAGAAACCUUACCAGUGUAGUCUCUGUGGGAAAGCCUUCCAGCGCAGCUCCUCCCUUGUUCAGCACCAGAGAAUUCACACUGGAGAGAAACCCUAUCGAUGCAAUUUAUGUGGGAGAUCUUUUAGGCAUGGCACAUCCCUCACCCAACAUGAGGUCACACAUAGUGGAGAGAAACCCUUCCAAUGUAAGGAGUGUGGGAAAGCCUUUAGCAGAUGUUCUUCCCUUGUGCAGCGUGAAAGGACUCACACAGGAGAGAAACCUUUUGAAUGUAGCAUAUGUGGGAGGGCUUUUGGUCAGAGCCCAUCCCUUUAUAAACAUAUGAGGAUUCAUAAGAGAGGCAAACCUUACCAAAGCAAUAACUACAGUGUAGAUUUCAAGCACAGCUCAUCUCUAACUCAAGAUGAAAGUACUGUCAGUGAAGUGAAAUCCUAUCAUUGUAAUGACUGUGGGGAAGAUUUCAGUCACAUCACUGACUUUACUGAUCAUCAGAGGAUCCAUACUGGACAGAACCCCUAUGAAUGUGAGCAGAACUUUAAUCAACAACCUAUUUCUCAUGCUGGAGAGAAACCCUAUCAGUGUAAUGUAUGUGGAAAAGCUUUCAAAAGGAGUACAAGCUUCAUAGAACAUCACAGAAUUCAUACUGGAGAAAAACCCUAUGAAUGUAAUGAAUGUGGAGAAGCCUUCAGUCGACGCUCAUCACUUACUCAACAUGAGAGGACCCACACUGGAGAGAAACCCUAUGAAUGUAUUGACUGUGGGAAAGCCUUUAGUCAAAGUUCAUCCCUCAUUCAGCAUGAGAGAACUCACACUGGAGAAAAACCCUAUGAAUGUAAUGAAUGUGGGCGAGCCUUUCGGAAAAAAACCAAUCUGCAUGAUCAUCAGAGAAUUCAUACUGGAGAAAAACCUUAUGCUUGUAAGGAAUGUGGGAAAAACUUCAGUAGAAGCUCAGCGCUAACUAAACACCAGAGAAUUCAUACACGGAAUAAACUGUAGAAGCCCUGAAAUUAAGGAAUGUGCAGAAAAUUUUAGCUAAAAUGUUGUUCAUGUUCAGUAUUAGAAGAUUCUUACUGGAGAGGAAGCUUCAAAAUGUAAUGAAUUUGUGUGUGUGUGUGUGUGCGUGUGUGCACGCGCAUGUGUAUGGUGUGUGAAGAAAGCUCUAUGCUAGUAAACAAUGUUUUUUUU